GGAAACUCAGGAAAGGACAUAACUCUCACUUUCAGAAUCCGGCCACAGAACUCGUGCGUCCUGAUUGGCGCCCUCUCAUUCUGGCUCCAACUCACCGCCAAAUCUCUCUCCAUUCUUCCUUCUCUCUCUGAUCUCUGCCUCCCUCCAUCCAUUCCCGCCUCUCCAUUUCCCUCUCUCUUCCUCCUCCGUGUUUUCUCCGUUCCGUCAUCUCCUUCGACUUCAGAUCGAAGUUGACGCACUUUGUCGAGGAGCUCGCGGAAGCCGUUGCCGACGUCUCUCUCGUCCUCUGGCUCUUCAGCUUUCUUUUCGCCGGGAAGGAAACGAGCCCAAAUCCGCGUCGGAGACGGCUUUCAUUCUUCGCUGCUGUCAUCGUCGCCAGACGCCAUUACUGCUUCGGCUCCGAGUCAUGCUGUGAUCUCGCUUUCUUUGGAGAAGGGAUCAGUCAAAAAGCCUAGAAGAAGAUAACGACGCAUUGCUUGCCCGUUCGCUGUUCAAUACAUCUUCUCUCUCCCGUAUCAGCGCGCAUUUGGAUAUGAGGACGAGAACGGUGACAGCCAUAGCUCUCGUGGCGGCCCUACUGGGCGCCGCGCCAUGGUGCAUUUACUCGGCCUCGGAGAAUCGGCUUCUGGUGGGCAUGACUCUCGUCCGCAACGCCCCCGCCAUCGGAGCCUUUUGUUUGGAUGGGAGCUUGCCUGCUUAUCAUCUCCACAGAGGAUUCGGCGCCGGCGCGGACAACUGGCUAUUACAGUUCGAGGGAGGUGGGUGGUGCAAUGAUAUUCCAUCAUGCUUGGAGAGAGCCGAAACUCGUCGUGGAUCUACCCGUUACAUGAACAAAUUGGAGGUUUUUUCCGGAAUACUCAGCAACAAUGCCUCUCUUAAUCCGGACUUUUACAAUUGGAACCGUGUGAAGCUUAGGUAUUGCGAUGGAGCUUCCUUUGCUGGUGAUGCAAAGUUCGACAAUGGUACCUCAUUGCUAUAUUUCAGAGGGCAAAAAAUUUGGCGAGCAAUCAUCCUUGAUCUUAUGCCCAAAGGGUUGGGACGUGCGAGAAAGGCUUUGCUCUCAGGUUGCUCUGCUGGUGGUUUAGCAUCCUUCUUGCACUGUGAUAAUUUCGCAGAGUACUUACCACAGAAUGCUAGCGUGAAAUGCUUGAGUGAUGCAGGAUUCUUUCUUGACGAAAGGGACAUAAGUUUGAACCACACUAUGAGGUCCUUUUACGAUGAUCUUGUAUCUCUACAGGGUGUUGAAAAGAAUCUCGACAAGAACUGCACUAGCUCUCUCUUUUACCCAACUCUGUGCUUCUUCCCACAAUAUACCUUGAAGUACAUUAACACACCCUUUUUUAUCUUGAACUCGGCCUAUGAUGUCUACCAGUUCCAUCACAUAUUGGUCCCUCCUUCUGCUGAUGUACAUGGUCAUUGGAAUCGCUGCAAACUUAAUCCGGCUGCUUGCACUGAUAGCCAGUUAGAGAUAUUGCAAGGUUUCAGGAACGACAUGCUCGCCACAUUAAGAAUGUUCUACCAAUACUCAGGGAGAGGAGGCCUAUUCAUUAAUUCUUGUUUUGCCCACUGCCAGAGUGAGUUACAAGAAACGUGGCUUGCUGUUGACUCCCCAAAAGUAAAUAACAAGGCUAUAUCUGAAGCAGUCGGUGACUGGUACUACAGCAGAAGGAUAAGCAAGGAGAUCGACUGUCCAUAUCCCUGUGACGAGACGUGCCAUAACCUAAUCCCAGUCUCGGGUAACGAUCCUGCAAAUACGAAGUACUUUGGUAGCGUCAUGUUUGGAAUUGGACUAGCAUCUAUAUAUUUGUUUCCCUAAGA